AUGGAACAGACGUCAGAUACCAGAAAAGAUAUGGAACAGACAUAUGAUACCAGAGAUGAUAUGAAGCAGACAUCAAAUACCAGAGGUGAUAUGGAACUGACAUCAGAUUCUGAAGAUGAUAUCGAGAAGACGUCGGAUACUGAAGUCAAACCUCAUAAAUGUGGUGUGUGUGGUGAUGGGUUUGAUCAAAUUAAAUUAUUAAAGUCACACAUGCGUUCACAUGAUGGCGAGAAAGCAUUUCAAUGUGGUAUAUGUGGUAAAGGGUUUUGCACAUUUGUUUUAUUACAUAGACAUAUACGAGAUCAUAUUGGUAUUAAACCUUAUAAAUGUGAGACGUGUGGUAUAGGGUUUACUCGAAAUUAUCAUCUUCAGAGACACAUAAAAAAAUUAUCAUGUACAAAACAGUAUAAGUGUGAUUUUAGUUUGAGUCAGAUGGAUAUAUUACAAAGACGUGAGACGAUACAUACUGGUGAUAAAUCAUAUAAAUGUGAUGUAUGUGAUUUUAGUUUUAGUCAGAUGGAUAAAUAA